UGUUGAAAUGAUAGAUAAAGGCAUACCUAACAGACAGAAUUCAGAAUGUGAUUUAGACUUUUUUUUCAAUGUACAUGUAUACAAAUGUAUAUCAAGUUAUAUGGAUUCACAUUAUGGUGAAGCUCAAUCAAGAACAUCAAAAUUUAGAAAAGAAUUAUCAUCAUCUAUACAUUUCACACCCUCUACUUCUAAAAAAUAUAAAAUUCAUGGUGCUAGUUGUGACUGGUUAUUUAGUGCAAGUAAAAGUAGUUCUCAAAAUAUUUAA